CAAGACACUAUGUUACUGUAAGAGGUCGAACUGAUGUGACUGUGAAUCUUACGAUUUAUUUAUUGGUGAAACAACCGCUCCGUCGUUCCAAUUUGGCUGUGACUGACCCAUUAAUAAAUAGUCAGAAAGUCAUUUGAUUGUAAAGAGUUUGUGGUUAUAUUAUAAUCUGUCUGUUUCUGACAUAAGUGUUUGUUUACGUUUUGGCGUAAACAUUUAUAAAUUUGAAAUGCCGCGCUGUGUUGUAUCGAAUUGCGAUGGAAGUGGAGUACAUCGUAUUCCCAAAGAUGAGAAAAUGUGCCAGCUUUGGUUAAAAGCUAUACGUAGAAAAAAUUUCAUUCCUACUAAAGAUACAAGGUUAUGUAGGAAACAUUUCUUGGAAAGUGAUUAUCAAAAAGUCAGUAUAUAUACGGGAGUGGAACAUCAACACAAAUACUUGAAAAAAGGUACUGUGCCAUCAGUUUUUUCAUGGGACACGCAACCACUUUCUAAGAAGGCAAAGGCAAGAGAAAAGCGAUUGGAGGCCCAUAGCCGUAAGAUAACACAACUUGUUGAUGGGCCAUCAACUUCACAAUGCUGUGAAGACGCAGUUACAGAUGAAGAAGAUGACGAUGUGUACCUUAUUGUAUCCCAGCAUGACGCAGAAUUUGAAAUUAAUUUCGACUUUCCAAAAAAUAAUCUACUGAGUUGUGGAACUUCAAAUAGAUUACUUUCAACUGAGCAAGAUAUUACUUGAAGGCAAUGAGACAGUGCAGUUUUACACAGGUCUUGAGUCACCAGUAAUCAUUAGUUUUAAGUACAGUUUUUUUUUUACCAAUGGCAAAUAACAUUAUCGUUGGAGUAGUAGUAGGGGAGCCCAUGAAGGGAUUUCGGUAGUUACUCGAGCGCGUCAGAUUAACAUAUGGGGAAAACCUAGU